GACACUAUCGGCGUCGCGCCAAAACCAUGGCAGAGGACGACGCAGACAUUUGGGGGCGGCUGUCGCUGCCGUCCUUCCGCUACUCCAUCGUCGACCCCAAGCACAACAUCCCGUACAUCACGGCCAUCCAAGAUCGCUCCGCAUGUGCGUCGGAGAAGCCACUCGCUGCGUCGCACGGACACUUGGUCUGGGACGCUGCAUUGGUACUCGCCGACUACAUGCAGCAAGUGUACUCAAAAUCAACAGACUUAUCGUGUUGUCGUGCGGUGGAAUUGGGUGCUGGCAUCGGUCUUGUUGGCAUGGUGUUAUCAGCGCUGGGCUGCAUGGAGGUGACUCUCACCGACCAGCCAUACUGCCUUCCCCUUCUCGACAAAAACGUGGACGCAAACUUUGGACCCGCAGGCCCCCGCCCGCUCGUCAAGGCCCUGCAAUGGGGCGAGGAUGCGACCGACGGAAGCCAGGUGGACCUGAUCGUGGCGUCGGACGUGCUGUACAAUGCCAGCGUCUUCGCCGCCUUGGUCCAUACUCUCGAUGCACUGGCGACGCCAGCGACUCACAUCUUUCUCUGCUACGAGCCGCGCAUCCCAGCCCAGGAAGCGUUGUUCUUCUCGAUGCUCCAAGCUGCAGGCUUCACGUGGCAACCAGUAGACUUUGUAUGUACCCAAGUCGACUACCCCGACGACAUGGUCCUCGUGCGCGCCACCAGAGUCGGAUAAUAAUGGCAACCCUGUCAUGAAAACUUGCAGCGAUGAUCGUUGGAAUACACUAUGAACUGUGUUGCACAGGCUGCUUAGUAUUUAUUCCCUGUAUACUUCAAGUGUCGAGUUAAAUCCUAAAAAGUCUCGAAUCCACAGAUGUAAUUACUCGAUAAAAUAUUU